CUGAGCAUGUGUGUUGGCUUGGCUGGCUGUCACUUGACCGGAGCUGGAUAAUUUAGCCUUUGUCAGGAGCGGUUGCAAUUCCUUUCGAUUUAAGAAAUGAUGGCAGUGUUGAUCUGGUGAUAAACCAGUAUUUUUUUUUGUACAUCGGCGGCCUUUCCACGUCUGCAUCUAUAUAUACUUCGAGCACACCCAAGGCAAGGAAACAAGGCCUCUUGUUUUCCACCUCGACGCAAGAAUCAUCAACGACACGGAGAAGAAAGGAAAGGAGGUAGCGCUCUUGCACGCCAACCAGCAAUCCAUGGCCGUCUCUCCGUCCACGGAGCCGCCCAAGAAGCGGCCGUCGUCGAUCCUCGGGAGCCUCCGGGAAGCGAUCAAGAAGGUCCGGUUCCUGCUCUCCUCCAGUGCGACGCGGUGGAUGCUGCUCUCCUCCAUCGCCCGCGGCGGCGGCCGCGCCACGCCACGGCGCGGAAUCAGCUUCAACUCGCCGCGGCCGGGCCUGCUCGACGUCGAGGGCAGCAUCGUGUCGCCGUCGCCGGCCUCGUCCAGGACGACGUCAAGGUCGGCGAGCAUGGGGACGGCGACGACGCGUAGCGUGUCGCGAACGAGCAGCGCGAGGACGUCAAGCGGCGGGUCGCCGUCCUCGUCGGCAGGGGACGACGACAUCGACCGCCGCGCGGAGCAGUUCAUCGCCAACUUCUACAGGCAGCUGCAGAUGGAGCGGCAGGUGUCGCUGCAGCUGCGGUACAUCCGGGGGAACAGCUGGGAGAGGACCCCCUAAUCCUUCAGGGAUGUUCGUAGGUGCAUAGCAAGACAAGGCUGCCAAGUAGAAGUGAACGGAUUUAGAUGGGCAUUUUUUUUGUUCCAUCAUUUCUGCAUAUGUUUUCAGUUUGGGAUAGUACAAUUUAUGAUUUUAUUUUGAGCGGAUGAUUGAGAGUUUGUAGAUAAAAAAAUUAUCAUUUCGUUGGCAUCUUUGAGAUGUUCAAUUUUCACUUUUAUAGUUGUGCGAAGUGCAAGGUCAGAGAAGGCGCACCCAAUUGUUGGUGUUUGUGUUUUUUUUACAAGCUAAAAUGAAAAAAAAAACAGAGGGAGUAUUGUGGUUUGUUUGCA